GUUCAUUCUGAAACUGUGUGCAUGGCACCGAGGAAUUGAACUAAAGUGCAUCUCCGAAAAAGUAACCUCGUGGAACAUUAUGGCUGAUGAAAAUAAGAUAAAACUUAUUGAAGAAAUAAAACAACAAGGUGAACUUGUGCGAAAAUUAAAAGCUGAGAAAACAAAUCCCGUUAAGGAUCAAAAAUCAUCGACAGAUAUAAAACUCGAAUUUGCCAUUAUAAAUAAUGAUUUGAUUGAUGUCAGUUAUGUUUGUGGUUGGACCCCAUCAAAUAAGGAUGCUCAACUUUUUGAUUUAUGUAGUAAACAUAUAAACGGUGAAUUAACAAGUUGGCCUAAUUUGAAACGAUGGUUCGAUAAUAUGAAAAGUUACACUCCCAUGGAACGUUUAGCGUUCGCUGCUCCAAAAGGAGAAAAUUCAUCUCUUUCAAUUAAAGUCGAUCGCCUAAUCAAUCCUGUUACUUGCUCUGACAAAAACCUCAAUAAAAAGAUAGUCGAUGAAGUUGCAAAAUUACUCAGUCUAAAAGCACAAUUGGGCGACGAUAAUGUUGAUAAACAAAAAUUUACUCUUAAAACUCCCAAAGGGACGAGAGAUUAUAAUCCAGAACAAAUGGCCUUAAGACUUGGAGUUCUGGAAAAAAUUAUCGCAAUUUUCAAACGUCAUGGGGCAGAAACGAUCGACACUCCUAUUUUUGAACUCAAGGAAGUUUUAACGGGGAAAUAUGGAGAGGAUUCGAAACUGAUUUACGAUUUAAAAGAUCAGGGAGGAGAAAUUCUUGCACUUAGAUAUGAUUUGACUGUGCCUUUCGCGAGAUACUUGGCCAUGAACAAGAUCACUAAUAUAAAAAGGUACCACAUUGCCAAAGUAUACAGAAGAGAUAAUCCCGCAAUGACGAAGGGUCGUUAUCGCGAAUUUUAUCAAUGCGAUUUUGACAUAGCCGGUCAAUACGAUCCAAUGUUACCUGACGUUGAAUGUCUACGCAUAAUUUACGAGGCUUUAUCGUCAUUAGACUUAGGACCAUUUGUAAUGAAAGUAAAUCAUCGAUGUAUCUUGGACGGCAUAUUCGAAACGUGUGGCGUUCCAAAAGCGCAAUUUCGCAGUAUUUGUUCGUCCGUGGAUAAAUUGGACAAGAGUCCUUGGGAUGAGGUGCGCAAGGAAAUGGUGGAGGAAAAAAAUUUAGACGGAGCGAUAGCUGAUAAAAUUGGUACUUACGUUUCACUGUCGGGUAAAAUUGAACUUGUCCAGCAAUUGAGAAAUAAUUCAGAACUCAUGAAAUCGUCUAAUGCCGUGCAAGGUGUCGAUGCCAUUGAAACGCUCCUGAAAUACUGCGAUAUUUUCAAUAUCAGCGACAAUGUGAAAUUCGAUUUGAGUCUAGCGAGAGGGCUCGAUUAUUACACUGGAGUCAUUUACGAAGCAGUAUUAACAGGAGAUGACGUUGAAGUUGGAAGUAUAGCUGGUGGAGGACGUUAUGACAAUCUCGUGGGAAUGUUUGACUCUAAAAAGAAAAAUGUGCCCUGCGUGGGAUUAUCACUUGGUGUUGAGAGGAUCUUCAGUGUUUUGGAAUCGAAACUCGAGAAUAAAGGUCAACGAACACGAACAACAGAAGUUGAAGUCUACGUUGCUGUUGCUCAGAAAAAUCUAUGCGACGAGAGAAUGCGAGUAAUUAUCGAAUUGUGGGAAGCAGGAAUAAAAGCUGAACAUUCAUACAAAAAGAAUCCAAAAAUACUGGCACAAUUGCAACAUUGCGAGGAAAAUAAAAUUCCAUUGGCUAUCAUCAUCGGCGAGGGUGAAUUACAAAGAGGUGAAGUUACAUUUCGUGAAGUGCAAACGAGAGUUGAAAAAUCUGUUCCCAGAAAUCAACUUGUCUCCGAAAUACGCAAAUGGCUAGAAAAUUCACGAACAAAUCCUUAGUCUGUUUAUAAUUUUACACUUCCAUGUUACACGAUCAUUUCCUGGCUCUAAUGAUCGAUAGAAGAAUAAUUUAAUUUGUUAAUUACCUUUGCAUUUUCUACUCUCUGACUCUUUUGAUACGUAAAAUAUCUUUUUUUACCUCUAGAAUUUUUUUGUACAAAAAAAGAAUAGCGUAUCAAUUAUGCCAGAAUUAGACUACCGGAAAUAAUUCUGAUUGCAAAUCACAUAGUUCAACUGUUUUAUAUUCUUAUCAACAAGCAAACCAAACCUUAUUUAUUGCAUUUAUUAAAAUAAAAACCAUCUGAUGGAAAAAAA